AUGUUGAGGCUUCUUCUCAUACUGACAUGGUUUUCACUCUCAGCACAACCUACUGAGGCUCAACCAGAUACUUCUGAAAGCACAAAUUCUCCUGGUGUCAGUGUCAGCAACACCAUCAACAACAAUGUUGAACUGCAGAGAGUUUUGAACAAGUUACAUUUAAUUGGACGCAGCUGCAGAGAAAUUCAACAAAAAUAUGAUGUUCAUGAAGAUGGCCUGUACUACCUCAUCACAACGACGGGAGUGGUGUACCAGACAUACUGUGACAUGACCACUGCAGGCGGUGGAUGGACACUGGUAGCCAGUGUGCAUGAGAACAACAUCAAUGGGAAGUGCACCACAGGCGACCGGUGGUCGAGUGAGCAGGGAAGCAAUCCUAACCGGCCGGAUGGAGAAGGGAACUGGGCCAACAUGAGGAUCUUUGGAACUCCAGACGCUGCCACUUGUGAUGACUACAAGAAUCCUGGCUACUAUGACAUCAUGGCUGAGGAUGUGUCCAUAUGGCACGUUCCCAACAAUACUCCACUACAGCACUGGACGCUCGCUUCCAUCCUGAGAUAUCACACAGAAAAAAGCUUUCUUACCAUCCAUGGAGGAAACCUGUACCAACUUUUCAAGCGAUAUCCUGUAAGAUAUAAUAUUGGAGUUCCUGGCACAAACAAUGGACCAUCUAUUCCUGUGGUGUACGAUUAUGGCGACGCAGACACCACAAAUAACUUGUAUAGCCCAAACUCUAGAAAGGAAUUCACUCCUGGCUUCAUCACCUUUCGAGUAUUCAACAAUGAGAGAGCAGCGAUGGCCAUUUGUUCUGGAGUCAGACCUUCUGGUGGCAACACUGAAACUUACUGUAUUGGUGGUGGGGGCCACUUCCCUGAAGCUGCUCCUCGCCAGUGUGGGGACUUCCCAUGCUUUGACUGGGAUGGUUAUGGAGCGCACAAGGGAUGGAGUGCAUCAAGGGAGUUGACCGAGGCUGCAGUGUUCAUCUUCUACCGCUGA